AAUUCAAGCAAGUGGCGCGUGCAGUGUGCUGUGCUAGCGAGAGUAGCGGAGUAGAUUCAGUGUGCAGAUGACUGGCAAAAUAGCGAGUUCCCGUUCCCAAUUUGGUGGCAAUUUCUCAAUUUUCUUGGCCCGGGAUUUACUUUCGAGUGCGCUGCGUAGAUCGGUGUUUUUUUUUCGUUUGCUUCACACGGCCAAGUGACGUCGAACGGAAAAUAUACGACACGACUCUUCUGCUUUUCCGCGUGGUUAAUGUGCUUAUUUUUUAUGUGAGUGCGACAGGCAGUGACCAGAAAAUAACUCUAAACUAUGCGACUAUUGCUGAUGCAACUAGAAGAAAUAGUGAUGCAAACAGAACCGAAAGUGGCAGCCAAACACGAAACUCUCCAACAAGUAACAAGGUUUCCACAGCCCCAUAUGUGGCAGCAACAUCAGUGUAACUAGCAGCAAGACAAACAGUAAGCAGCAACAAACAAACACGGCAGCCGCAACAUCAGUACUUGGAGCAACAAGCACCCACACAAGGCUGUGUGCAACUGCAACAGGCAGUGCAACAUGCUGCUGGCGGCAAUCGGAAACCAGGAAAACAUGCUACCGCCCUCCGGAGCAGCAAUCAAGCGAAAGACCGAUCCAGAGCAUCAGCAGCAACGCAAGCAGCACAGGAGCAACAUCCUCGGAUGCAGCAACAACAUCAACAACAACAACAACAACAGUAGCAGCAGCUGCAGCAUCAACACCAGCGACAAUCGACAACUUCAGCGGCAGCAGGGCAAAAUGUAUUACAACUCCAAUUCGCGACCCUUUUGGAGGAAAUGCAGAUCGGCUGCCCCAACGAAUCCAAUGGCCACAAUCCCCACUAACUACGACUUGUGCAACGCAGCAGCCGUAGCAGCAGCAGCAGCAACAUAUGACAAAAUGCAGCGUUGCAACCAGAACAGCAGCAGCAGCACCAGCAACAUUACGACGACCAGCAACAUCGGCGGUGGCAGCAACAAACGCUGCCCUCAGAAGUACACCGGCAACAAUAACCUAGCCGCCACCAGCGGCAUGUUGGCCUAUCAGCAGCACGCCACUGCCUCCUCGGCAGCAACGUUGCAGCACGGCAGCAGCGCCGGUGGCAAGAACUCCUCUCGCAAGAGUCGCUACAACAGCAACAAGCAGAGUCAGCAGCAGCAGCAUCAGCAGCAGCAGUUUGAGCACAUCCAGAAGCGGAAUGGAGCCGCUGGAGGAAGCGCCGGAAGCGAGUGCUCUCCCACGCCACCCACAUCGACCUGGCUCGAACGGGGCUACGGACGCCGGUUGGCCCAUUCUUCAUGCAUCGAAGACAAAUUCCUAGGCCAGCACAAUCCGGGCCAUCGCAAUAGCACCAGCAGCGAGGCGACCAGCGAGGACAUAGACUCCACUAGCGAGCUCCUGAACAAACCGAAGGGCAACUCAAGCGCCGGCAGCAACACCUUCCACAACCAUGUGGCAGGCAGCAGCAAGAGUCGAUCGAAGCGCCAGCAAAAGCCGUCCGGCCAGCAGACUCGCAAUCCUGACCAGAAUGGCCAGAGGACCGGAGCAGCUGGCCCCAUUGCGGGCCAGAAGGUCAAGCAGGCGAAUGCCAAGUGGCGCCAGCAGCAGCCCAAUCCCAGCAGCAACAACAGCCAGCAGCAGCAGCAACAACAGCAGCAGCAGCAGCAGCAACAGCAGAAGCGCGGCAGGAACAAGAAGUCCGCAAAGUGCAGCAGCAGCAUCAACAAUUCCGACAGCAACAUGGUCAAACACGGCGGCAACGGUCAGCGGAAGACUUGCGACAGCAGCUCCUCCUCUGCGCUGAGCUCGCCCACCAGUUCGCCCACCAGUUCCCCCCACGCCAAUGGCAAUCGGAAGCGGAUCGAACGCUCCUUGAUGCCGGGAGCCGCUCUGGAAUGGCGGCGGGAGCGGGAGCGUGGUCGCCAGAACGCCAACUUCCUGGUGCCUCCCCUCCGCCAGUACGAGCAACUGGAUCUGGACGACACGGCCGUGGUGCAGCAACUGCGUCGGCACAUCAUAGAUCACCAUCUGCUGAGGGUGUACGGCUUUCCCGUGGAGUCGGUGGUCCAUGAGGGCGCCAUCGAAAUCUUCAAGUGCCUGCCGCACAUGAGCUUCGCAGCUGCGCUGGCGGAAACCGCACCGGCAGUCACGGUGAUCAACUACCACGACGGACUGACCAACCGCGCUGAGGAGGAGGUGGCCACCUCGACCGACUCCGGCAACAGUUCGCCCCGCUCCUUGGACUCCGAAUCGGGCGGCGAGUGGAGCGGCAGCGAGUGCGAGUCCUCGAACCUAUCGUCCUCCUCCGCCGGCGACGCCGAGCUGAGUCUCGAGCUCAAGUACUGCCAGUAUGUGCAGGUGGAAAGGAGUCUGGCCAAGCCCUGUGCGCGCUGCAAGCGCCACUUUCUGGUGGACGAGCUGACGGGCCAAUACCUGACCCACGAGGAGUGCCACUACCACUCCGGCAAGUACCAACGCUACUACGAUGGCGUCUGCCACGGACGCUGGACGUGCUGCAACGAGGGCGAGGAAUCCUCGCCGGGAUGCUGCCUGGGCGACCGGCAUGUGUGGACGGGAUCGGUGGUGGGGGUCAAUGGGCCCUACUACGACUUCGUUAGGACCGAGCAGCGAGGAUCCGGCGAGGACGAGCCCGCCGUGUACGCCCUGGACUGCGAGAUGAGCUAUACGGGUCGUGGUCUGGACGUGACCAAGGUCUCCCUGGUGGCACUCAAUGGCCAAUUGGUGUAUGAGCAUUUUGUUCGGCCCGAGUGCGACAUAAUUGACUACAACACCCAGUAUUCGGGCAUUACGGAAAGGGAUCUGCGUUCCGGAGCCAAGAGUCUGGCCGAGGUGCAGCGGGAUCUGCUCGAGCUGAUCACGGCGGACACCAUCCUCAUCGGACACGGGCUGGACAACGAUCUGCGGGCACUGCGCUUGGUGCACAACACCCUGAUCGACACCUCCAUCAGCUUCCCGCACUGCAGUGGGUUUCCCUACCGCCGCGCCCUGCGUCACCUGACCAAGGUGCACCUGAAGCGGGAGAUCCAGAGCGGUGAUGGCACCACGGGACACAGCAGCUUCGAGGACUCGCGGGCCUGCAUGGAGCUGAUGCUGUGGAGGGUCAACCGCGAGCUGGAUCCCACUUGGAGCUGGGACGAUUGAGGGGGCUCGAUCGCGGGGGGCGGAUCGGUAACAUUUGGGGGCCAGCAAGUACUUUUAGUUGUUAAGCCAGUAGGUACUAGUUCGCCUAGUUUGUACUAGUACUGUAUUCAAACACAAACAAAACACAAUCGUAAAAUCUCAGCUGGGUUGCUCACCUGGCAAUCGGUUUCUAUAACACCGACUAACUGACUUAUCUCGGUUAAGCUCGUACAUAAUGUAUAUAGGGCCCCAUUGCCAGGGGUUCGCUCGGCGUAUAUAUAAAGUAAAUCGCAAAAUUGAAAUGACAAAAAAUGGCGAGAGAAGAGCAAGCGAGGAAUGAGGAAGGAGGAAAGAGGAAAGAGGAAUAAGGAAAGAGGAGGAUAAGCACAUAAUUAUAUGCGGUACAUAAGGUACAUUUUGUAAGCGUAUAUUUAUAGAGAAAUAGUACUUUAAUCUACAUAUGUAUAUACACAUAUUGUUUUUUUUUUUCUUGAUUAAUUUCGAACCACGAGAAAAUGUACUGAAGUUUUAACUGUGAUGUUUUUUCACUUUCUCACAUAUUUACACGACAAACGGAAAUGAAAAGUAAAAGCUUACAAAAAGAAUAGAAAAAUACAAAAAUGCAAAAAUACAAAAAUAUAUACAUACCCGCACACACAUUAUUUUGUUAAGAAACGCAAAAGAAAGGCAAUCCAAAUAAGUUUAAUUUUCGACCAAAACUUUCAACUAAAAUCACUCCAUUUAUCUUUCAUUUAUCAUUUACCAUUAGUUUUCGUUUUGUAUCGUUUCGUUUCGUUUCGUUUUUUUUUACCGCCAAUCAUUUCGUUUAUUUUUAUUUUUAUUUUUUUACGAAUAAAGCAUCUCAUAUACAAAAGGAAACGAAGGAAAGUAAAGUUUAACUUGAACUACUUUAUACACUAUGCAUAAUCGUAAGUUAGGUUAACCUUAUGUUUUCUGCAAACGUUUUGAUUAUUUAUUUAACGAAUCACGCGACAAGUUCAUUGAAAAUUUCUUCAAGUGUACAAUUUUCCACAUUGAACUCCAUCCUAGGCUAAGAAAUACUUUUCAUUUUCUCUCCAGAAACUGUCGACGUUUAACUAUUGUUCCUCGAUUCUGUUCCAUUUGUGAAACGAGCCGAGGAAUACUUUAUUUGAAAAUCGAUGUUCCUAGCAGAAUAAGUUUCAGCACAAAUAUGUACACUGCACCAAGCAGAUGUCUUUAUAUUGAACGGAAAGAAUGAGAAGAGUAAUGCAAAUGCACAACGAAAAUUUCAAGAGAAUAAA